AUGCCAACCGUGGCGUCGUCAAGCUUCCUGCAGGCCAUCUCCAGCACCUCCAGGUCCCUCCUCGGUGAGUCCAGAGCGGACAAUCUCAGCGCCGCCUUCUCACAAGCUGGAAAGGCGAUCGAAUCCUUUCUUCUCCCACAGACGACUACUACACAAGAGGCACCAAAGAGUUGGCAGACUCAGACAUACGACACGAUCAACGACUUCAUCGCCAGCAGAUCCUCCCUCGAGAACACCUCCCUCCUCCUCGCCCUCUGCACCUUUCUCUUCCUCCUCGUGCGCAACAUGUCAUGGACCUCCCGUCUUGGCAAUCUCGGACGCUUCUCCCCCUUCACUCGCUCCCCAACACAGAGCGGUAGCGCCAAGGUCAGCGACUCCGAUUUCAGCUACAUCACUGCCGACGACUUAAGAAGACAUCAACAGGAAUCCAUCACCGGCCAGGCGCAGUCGGGAAGUCCACCCGACUAUGGCCCACAGCGCGAUACGGAUGUGUUGGUGUUGAGGAACAAGAAGCGCGAUUUCCACAUGCACUUUGCCGCUUACAGUAUCGCUAAGGGCGAGCUGUCAGUGGGGCAAGUGAGGGAUGCGGCGGCUAAGAAGAUGAAUACGGCGCCUUCGCAGAUCAAGCUGCUGUACAGGGGCAAGAACUUGAAGGAUGAUGCGCGCACGUGCAAGCAGGAAGGUCUGCGGGAUGGUGCUGACAUCAUGUGCACCGUCUCCGAGGGCUUGCAGGAUGGCGAUGGCAGCAGUAGUGGGGAAGAAGAGGAUGAUGGUGUAGAAGGACAGGCUAAUGGCGACGGCACGAAGAAGAAGCGGAGGAAGCCCAGGAAGAGCAAGAAGAAGAUUCGCAGAGAAGAGCGAGAGGCAGGCGCAUCUGGCACAGGCACGUCCACGCCUGAACGUCUGGGUGUUCCACCGAGUUCGCAACCCUCGACACGACCGGUUUCGCCGAAACCACCGACUCCUGCGACGCCUGUUGAUAAGCUGAAUGCGCUUCACAGCACGCUCAUGACGUUCGACCAGGAUGUACAGAACUUCUUGAAGCACCCACCACCCGAGCAGGCAAAGAAGGAGUACGAGCACAAGCGACUCUCCGAAACGAUCCUCACGCAGGUCCUGCUGAAGCUGGAUGCGGUCGAGACAGAAGGCGAUGCCGAUGCGCGCGUAAAACGGAAGGAGUUGGUCAAAGAGACUCAAGGAAUAUUGACCAGCCUGGAUUCCGCGAUGAAGCAAUAG